GGCCGUGGGGCGGUAAGAGAACAGAAGACACAACAAACAUGGCGGCGGUGACGAAGACGGCGGGGUCGACGGCGACAGCAGCGGCGUUGAACAAGGCGGUAGGGGUUACUCGGUGCGGCUGUCAGGAGGUAUAAGGAACUGUAAACUAAAAAAAAAAAAAAAAAAAAAAAAAAAAAAGAAAAUCAAAAACAAAGAUGGGUGAAAAGAAACCAGAGCCUUUGGACUUUGUGAAAGAUUUCCAGGAAUACCUGACUCAGCAGACCCAUCAUGUCAACAUGAUUUCUGGAUCAGUUAGUGGGGACAAAGAAGCAGAGGCUCUUCAGGGAGCUGGAACAGAUGGUGAUCAAAAUGGACUUGAUCACCCAUCUGUUGAAGUUUCCCUGGAUGAAAACUCAGGAAUGUUAGUAGACGGGUUUGAAAGGACCUUUGAUGGGAAGCUCAAGUGUCGGUACUGCAACUAUGCCAGCAAAGGCACCGCACGGCUCAUUGAACACAUUAGAAUCCACACAGGUGAGAAACCUCAUAGAUGUCACUUAUGUCCAUUUGCAUCUGCUUACGAGCGUCAUCUGGAAGCCCAUAUGCGUUCCCAUACAGGAGAAAAACCAUAUAAAUGUGAAUUGUGUUCCUUCCGCUGCAGUGAUCGAAGUAACCUGUCCCAUCAUCGAAGGCGCAAGCAUAAAAUGGUACCAAUUAAAGGUACUAGGUCUUCCUUAAGCAGCAAGAAGAUGUGGGGGGUUUUACAGAAGAAAACAAGCAAUCUGGGCUAUAGCAGACGAGCACUAAUCAACUUGAGCCCACCUUCCAUGGUGGUUCAGAAGCCAGACUACCUUAAUGACUUUACCCACGAAAUCCCGAAUAUCCAGACUGACUCCUAUGAAAGUAUGGCGAAAACCACACCAGCUGGUGGCCUGCCAAGGGACCCCCAAGAACUCAUGGUUGACAACCCUUUAAACCAGCUGUCAACUCUAGCAGGACAGUUGUCCAGUUUGCCACCUGAAAACCAAAACCCCGCAUCCCCUGAUGUAGUUCCCUGCCCUGAUGAGAAGCCUUUCAUGAUGCAGCAGCCCUCUGCUCAAGCAGUAGUUUCUGCCGUGUCAGCCAGUAUUCCUCAGAGCUCCUCUCCCACUAGCCCUGAAGCUCGGCCAUCACAUAGUCAGAGGAACUAUAGUCCGGUGGCAGGUCCGAGCAGUGAACCAAGUGCUCACACGAGUACUCCCAGCAUGGGAAACAGUCAGCCAAGCACUCCAGCUCCGACCCUGCCGGUCCAGGACCCUCAGCUUCUGCACCACUGCCAGCACUGUGACAUGUACUUUGCCGACAAUAUCCUUUACACUAUUCAUAUGGGAUGUCAUGGGUAUGAAAAUCCUUUUCAGUGUAACAUAUGUGGAUGCAAAUGUAAAAACAAGUAUGAUUUUGCCUGUCAUUUUGCAAGAGGGCAACAUAACCAACACUGAUGGAAAACAAUCACGUUAUGCUUUACUUGGUUUGCCUUUUUGUGUUUUGUAGUUUACUGUUGUUUUCUGCAGGGGAGGGGUGGGGGGUGUCGUCCCUAUUAAGAUGUUUGCUAAUUUAAAGUCUAUACAUACAGAGUAUAAAUUUGACAGUGGAAACAAAAUUUUCUUUUUCCAUAAAAACCUCGUCAGGGUCAUUUAUGUAUUAGAACAGUUGGACACGUUGGUGUUUGUUUUUUUCUUUCAUUUAGACAUUGGAGAAUUGGAGUGCGAUGAUAAUCUUACAAGUGGUCAUUUAAAUUUCUCACAUUUAUGGUCCAUAAAAACUUCAAGGCUGAUAGAUACCCUUGGUAUUUCAACAUCUAUGCUGCAGCUAGAUGUUAUUUCUGCUAUAAUUUCAAAAGGGUAAAUUACUUUCUCUUACAAAAUCUGUUACAACUUAUUUCAAUGUUUAGUGGAGGAAUUGCCUUUAAAAUUGCCCUUAAUUGAAGACUAUUUAGUUAACAUAGCUUAGUUGAAUCAGUAGUUUAAUUUCAACUGAUAAUAGUAAAGCAAUUUCAGUGUAGUAAAUCUUUCUUUUUUCCACAAGGGAAAAUAUAAAACAUUUAAUUCUUUUAAAAUUAAAGUUAUAAAAAUAUGAGGUAAAAGUUCUGAAAAGAAAUGACGCUUUAAGACUUUAAAUUGAAAAUGGAGUUUAAUAUUUAAGAUACCUGCCUAUUCAACUUGUAGUUUAAACACACAGCAAUUUUCCAUUGUAUUCUUUUUAUUAUACUUGUAACUUAUUUUAAAAACUACAGGUAAAUACAUGAGAACGCUAGAAAUAUCAGAGGAUUAUCUGUGAAGAUGCCUUUUUUCCUUUUAAUCUGAACUGUUCAUUUAAAUCUUCAUUCUGAUGUUACACGUGAGGUUGAUAGCUAUACUGAGAAUCUGUUAUUCCUUCUAUUCCUUUGAUGACCAAAGAGGUACAGUGGAAGUCAUCCAUCUUAUUCCUAGGAAAUGCGGUCCUUCCCCCCAAAAUCUGAAGUUUCCUUUUCCUGCCUUCUAUCCAUUUAUUGCCCAUAAUUUUCAAGAAAAGGUAGGUAUAGAAACACAUGGGAAAAUGUGAUGGUGAAGUGAUAUUUACAAAAAUGAGAACAUAUGUCCAAAACGAAUUCUGGACUCCUCUUCAGAAUUGGCCAUUUAAGAUAUUUUCUGUGAAUUCAAGUUGUAAUGCUUAUUUGCAGUUUUACCAGUCUUCAAUGUACAGCAAGAAAACUAUAUAAAACUGUGAAUUGAAUCAUUAGUAGAAGAGGAUAAAAAAUGUGUGGAAAUAGAUAUAAAAAUGCAUUUAAAUGUGGUAUUUAAUUUGUUUACAAAAAUAAAACUUGCUAUAUAAAUCCACAGUAAUUAAUUUUGAUUAGGAGGCUGUUUUUGUGUAAUAACUAGCAUACUCUGAGGACAGCUUGGUCAAACAAUAAAAUAUAUUGUUACUAA